UCAGUUUUCCACGAAAUAGAAGAGGGGCGUAGGUUUCCGGGUUUUAAAAUUGUGUGGUAAAGUAACUGCGUCUUUUCUAUAAACAAACGCUGUAUUUUUUCCUAAAAGGCGUAAGUGCACGAUUUGUAAUUUGCAAAACAUUCUCAUCAUAAACAAAGGGGGACGCAUCGUAGGAUGGGAUCUCCAACAAAAGAAGCAUCACACAGGGGUCAUGCGCACACACCUGGAAAAGCCCCAGAAUCUCCUCUUCCCUCAGUCCAUGAGCGCCUGGCGUACCUCCGUCCCUCCAGGGAGCUGCUGGAGUUUUACCGGCAGAAGAUCGCACAGUUUGACUCUGAACACGAGGAGCUGCUGCAAAUGCUGGAGAAAUACAAAAGCAUCGCAGACGACCAGCAUAAACUACAGUGGGAAGUACGACAGCGAGAAGGGGAGAUUUCUGAGCUGCAGAAUGCUCUCAGUGACAUGCAGGUUUACCUUUUCCAAGAGCGGGAACAGUCACUGCGGCUUUAUGCAGAGAAUGACAGACUCAAAAUAAGAGAGUUGGAGGACAGAAAGAAAAUCCAUCACCUCCUCGCUCUGGUGGGUCCUGACGCCGGUGAAAUCACAUAUUUCCACCGUGAGCCGCCCCAUAAAGUUGCUAUCACACAGAAGAUUCCAGAGUCCAACUUUGAAGAAAACCUGAGUCUCAGACCCCAAAAAUUCAGGCCUGCUGUGAGCAAGAAAGGAGAAAGUAGAAAGACCAAAUCUGCAAACGGGGUUAAACAUGAAACUCUGGAACAAUACAAGAACGAUAAUGAGACGUUGUUACUACAGGUGGAGGCGCUGCAGGCUCAGAUGGAAGAACAGACUCGACUGUCCAAAGAGCAGGUGGAGACUUUGCUGGAGGACAGAAGGAUAAAAUCAGACGAGGCCCAGGCACAGAUGCAAAGAGACCAGGAACGAAUCGCUGCUUUAACUGAGAAGUUACAACAAACCCAGAACCUGUUACACCACAGCACCAGAGAUUUCCUUCAGUUAAAGUUUGACACUCGAGCUCUGGAGAAGAGUUGGAUGGUUGAGAAGGACAAACUGCUGAGGGAGCUGGACUCUUGUCACAAUCGUCUGAGAAAGACUGGUCCCUCUGGUCACUCUGCUGCCCCAGAGCUGAGCAGAGCGUGGCAGCCCACCAGCAGCUCCACUCUUCACACGCACCGACCCCAAUAUGUACCACAGCAAAUUCCACAGCAAGCACAUAAGGAGGAAGUGAAGGCAUUACAGGAGGACUUAAAGCAGGCCCAUCGUCUGGCAGAGAUGUUUAGAGAACAGUGCGUUUCUCUGGAGACAGAACUCGCUCAAAUCAGAGAGGAGGGCGACGUGGGCAGAGAAAUAUUCAAGGAGCGCUCUGAUAAAAUGGCAAAGCGUCUUCAGCUCAUGACCCAGCGUUACGAGGCUCUGGAGAAGAGAAGAGCCAUGGAGGUGGAAGGAUUCAAAACAGAUCUGAAGCAUCUCAGACAGAAACUGAAAGAUGUCGAAAAACAACUUCUCAAGGUCACUCUGAAUGUUGGACCUAACCAGGAUUUAGCGAUUCUCCAUGAAGUACGUCAGACCAACUCCAGAACAAAGAAGGUCCAGGGGGAGCUCAUGACACUGAAGGCGAAGAUCUACGGACUGGAAAACGAGCUGCGCUUUAGCUAGAGAAUAAUUUCCUUCUUGUAUCCAUACCUUUUCAUUCAUAAUAGUUGUGCCUUGGUGUUUACUACUGAUGAGUGAUUUUGCAAUGUUUUUAAUCAAUAAAUAAACCAAAAUGUUGUAAAUAUUAAAGCUUAAAUCAAUGA